AUGUUCACUGGUGACUGGGAAACUGGCCCCGCGCCAACUGAGGUGACAGAAUCCCCAACAUACACUGCUCUGCCGACCAACUUCACCACCUUUACAGACACAUACACAAUCAACCAAACAGCACAAAGUAUGAUCGACGACUACUCCAAAUACUGCCCUAUCAGUAAUGAGGACUACGAGGACGGCUUCCAGUGGGCAGAUCUUCCCGGCAACUGCCAAGAUCUGCUCGAAACAUACUGCGAACCAGAUAUCGAUGUCCCCUCGCCUCAAUCAACCAAUUUCCCAGGAUCCUGCACGCCAGUCCCCGUCUCCGAAACCACAACUAGCUCAGCAACUCCAACCUCAACUAUUCCAUCGCCAACCAUGCCCGGUACAACCUCUGAGUUUCUAUUUGUGGAAACCCGGCAUCGGAUCCGACUGCCGCACUCUCAAGACGGAAUUCUAUAG